CAGCGGAGAGCCGAGGAAAAAUCGACUUCCGGAUUAACAGGAACUUAAUGGCUUGGACCGAGGGUCAUGACAUAAACAAAUACAUUUACCUGAGAAAUAAAUAUUAACAAACAAUAAAAGGAAUAACCUGAGCUGAUGAACUCAUUAGUGGGAUAUGGAGACUCAUCUGAGUCAGAGGAGGAAGCGGAAAUACAGAGCGGAACAUCAAAGGAUGAGGAGAACUCUGACCAGAAGAAAUCCCACAACUUCCUGCUGGAAUGUGGAUCAGCCUCGAGCGAGUCCAGUUCCGACUGUGAAGACGAGAAGGAACAGGAAUUGGAACUCCGACGUGCUUCAGUGAGCAUCCAGUCAUCCCCAGAGGAUACAGUUCCUCCUGCAGUCACUCCUGCUUCUAAAAAACUUCCUCCUCCUGCUCUGGGAAGGUUCUGCGCUCCGGCCGGGGGCAGCGUGUUCACCAACCCGUUUAAAGAACAAGUGGAACGGAAAAUCAGCGCGCUCCAAAAACAUGUCCCACUGACGGCCCAUGCCCGACCCACGCACAUCGGUGGGAAGAAGGUGUGUGUGGCAUACAGGAAAAACGGGCGCUGCCGUUUCGGGAUCCGGUGCAAGUUUGCGCACGACAGCGACCUGCAGCAGAGUGUAGCAGAACCCAGUGUUCAGGUCUCAGACUCGAACAGCACUGCGACACACACUCCGGCCUGCAGGGACUUGGCUGUGGAGAGGGAAAGAGAAGACAAGGAGGAGAACCAGAGCAGGAGAAAGAAGCACAGAGUGGGAGUGUGUGAUAGUCUCAUCCCUCCCAAAAGAGCUAUGAAACAGUACGCCAUGCAGAGCGCCUCACACACACACACACGCACGUAA